AAGUGCAUUUGGAAGUCGGCUUGGAGUAGAAAACUUAUGCGCGCGAACAUAACAGCUGAAGCGAUAGAGAAGACGCACUUGAAAGACAAGAGUAUCUCCCUUCCCCUCGUGUCUCUCUCUUCUCUCCUCCCCUCCUCUCCCGGCUCGACUGCCAUACGCUCGCAGAACAGGCACUCGCCUUAGAGAUGCUUGGCGUCGUCUCCGGCGGCCGCUUCUUCCUUUAUGAGUCAAUAUCUCAAAGACCCACUGCCGCGAUGUCGAGUUCUUCCUCUGCUUCGUCUUCCUCUUCUUCCUCUGCUUCGUCUUCUUCAAAUUCCUCUUCUUCCUCUGCUUCUCCUUCGUCUUCCUCUUCUUCCUCUGCUUCUCCUUCGUCUUCCUCUUCUUCCUCUGCUUCUUCUUCUUCUUCAUCUUCCUCUUCGUCCUCUGCUUCUUCUUCUUCGUCUUCCUCUGCUUCUUCUUCUUCGUCUUCCUCUUCGUCCUCUGUUUCUUCUUCUUCGUCUUCCUCUGCUUCUUCUUCUUCGUCUUCCUCUGCUUCUUUCCAUGCUUCAUCUCCCUGCUCUUCUCAUCGGCAUCCCCGACGGAGACAGUCAGGGACGCCUUCUUCUUCUCUGUGUCUCCUUCCUCGUGCACCUCCGCCGGUUUCUGUGGACCAGACUUGUUCGCGUUCUACGCGAUCAGAAACGAACGGAUCGCCCCUCCCCGCGUUUCCUCGUCUGCUGUAUCUGGCCUCCGAAGCAGGUCCAGGCGCCGUGUCUAUCCACCCGGAAUCCAGCGCGCAGUUCAGUUCUCCGAGUACAAGGCCGCUGCAGCCUCGCGCAUCUCUAAAUCAACUUGCAGGGAGGAGUGACGAUGGAUGUCAAGCGACAGAAGAAGCGAGCAGCGAGAAGGGAGAUAGAAGAGAGAAGCAAGAGAGACUCGAGAAGAAACAGAGAGACGAGGAAUCGGAGAUGGAGGCCCGGAGAAGAGAAAGGCAUGGAAAGAAUGGAGUCUUCGUCGUCUCUUCCCCUCUCAGCAACGCUCGUUGCUCACCUUCAGGUCAAACGACGACGUCUGCGCUGCGCGUCUCUCCUUUCGCUUCCUCUCCCGACUGUCGUUCCCCGUCCUCUUGCGCGGAUGUCUCCACAGAUCUCGGCUCCUGGGCGCGCCAGCUGUACGUUCAGCUGGCCGAGGCGGCCCCGCUCGACUCUCUGCCGUCUCCGCUGCAGCGCGCCGGAAGGCUCGUGGAUUUCUUUGCCGAGGACGUGGAGUCGGCUUCCCGAGUCGCGACGGAGAAAAAGCGGGAAGGAGGCUCUCCGACAGCCGAAAGAGACGCAGGGGAGCGCGGCAGAGAACGGAGACAGAAGGACAGACCCCCUGCGGAGCAACGGGGAGUCUCUGCAGCUCUCCUCGACACAGUUGAGGACUUGUUUCACCAGCUAGAGAGCGGAAGAAGAAGCAUUCACUGGGACGAAGAAGACUUCUUCUUUCGGCGAGAGAACGAAUGGCGCUCUCAGCAGGAGGCCCUCGCCGCGGCAAGUGUCUGCCAAGAGGAAGAACGACGGAGGCGCAGAGCCACGGAGAGCGCCGCCCAGAAAGCUGCAGAAGCCAGUCACAACGCUCUGCGACGCAUGCAGCGGCUGCAUGCAGUCGCCGCCGAGAAGAACCGGGUCCUGUCGGGGCUGGUACAGCGCCUCCGGGCGGCUCUGAAGAAGAAGGAACUGCAGUGCGACACACUGAAAGCCACUCUUCAAAAGGUUUUGCCGAUGUCUUCUCAACAACGCGCUCGCUAUAUCACUCCGAGUUUCAAAAUCACCGCGCCUCUCUGUCGCCGUGCUUCCGGUCCACAUCCUUUUUAUCCAGAUCUUCCACCCCGUUCCUCCCGUUCAUCAUCUAUCACAAAGAACGUUGACCCGACAUCAAUUCCGUCUCCGACUUCUCUGUCAACGUCUCCUUCGUCUCCGUUUCCUUCUUCUUCUCCCGUCCCUGCCUCUCCUUCUGUGUCUCUGUCGGUGCCGGGGCGCGCGUCUGUGUCGUCUGUUGCCCGUUGCGGAGGAAGAGCUGCGUCGCCGAGGAGAGACGAGGAAAGGGAAGUAGAGAGAAUUCGUGGCUUGCAAGAGGCUCUGGAGUUCUGUUUUCUUCGAGAGACUGAUCUCCUCCGCUGCUCGCGUGAACAACGCGACCUGGUCAACGCACUCGAGGCCGAAGUUUUGGAGUUGAAAGCGAAGCUGGAAGCGAGUGAGGAGCGAAGGAAGAAAGAAGCACAAACAGCGAACGCCCAGAAAGUCCACAAGGUGCCGACGGUGGAGAGCGAAGAAGCAGCGACGCAUGCCGAGAAACAGAGUCUGUGCUCGCAUGUGGUUGUAGAGAAGAGAGUGCCUGCUGCGAGAGGGGAUGUGCCUCAAGGAAAAACAGAAGCCAUCAACGCGUCUGUCGAUAGCGACAGAGAAUCUUCAUCAUCUCCACCUGCUUCUUCUCCACCUUCUGCGCACCGUGGGUCACUUGCAGAUUUGGUGUCGACCGCGGAUGUGAAGAGAGUCGCGGAGCAUUUACCGAGGGGAGAAGAGACCGCUAGAGCGGCUGAGGAGGGCGGAGGUGAUUUUCCGGAGAGUGAAACCAGCACACGGUGCAGGAGUCGACUUGGAAGUGCAACGACGCCUUCUACUUUUUUUCAUGAGACGGUGAAGAACGCAGAAGGUCGAAGAGCGGCUCUCGGUUCUUCGAGUCUCGAGUCCCGGGCGAGAAGAAGUCUAGGCGAGGAGGCAGAACUCGAGAGCGGCAACGCAGCGAAAAACGGGCAAGGGGAGGCGCGUUUCGAUGCUGGUUUCGUCAGAGUUCGGGGAGAGAGAAACUCGGAGGCGCUGCACGCAGAGCAGAGCAGGGAAACGGGGGAUGGACGAGUCGAGCCGCAGCGCCAUCGGGGAGAGAAGGCGCCAGCGCCCGAGGGAAGGCGGAAGAAGAGAGACGCGGAUGCAGAGCGUCAGGGAGUGGCUUUCGCGAGCUUCGGGGUCUUUGAGGAGAGCGCGGAAAGCAGCUGUGGAGAAGAACAAGGGAGGGACCAGCGCGAGAGCUCAGACCUGGUGGUGAAUCGUCGUUACGACGGUGUCUGUUCUCAUCUGAAGGCGACAGCGGAAGAACACAAACGAAAGCCGAGUCGAACAAUCUCGUCCACAAGGGGAUGUGAAGAAGCGGCUGGGUUUUGCCAGUCCUCUUGCGAGUUCAAUCUUCCUUCUUCCUCGCGUACGUCUCCCUGUUCCUUCCAACCUUCGCCAGCAGACGCUGCGUCUCUUGGCAAAGCAGCACAGGCCCCUCAGUGUCAACACUCUGUAGAGACAGAGAAAAGAAAAGACAAGACAGAGAGGCCAAGAGAAGGACGAGAGACGCGGAGGGAAGAAGGUGGUAGGAGGAGAGAAGAAAAAGAAGCCUACGACGCGGCCAAGCAUGAGCCUCUUUUUGCUUCCCUUGACGAUGUUGCGGUUUCAAGGAAAAGAAGCAACUCGAGAAUGCAUGCAUUUCUCUCUCCAGAACCUCCUGCACUCUGGAUAGGUCGAGAGUCAGGCCCUUCAUCAUCUCAGGGAGACGGCGUCGCUUGUCCGGACUUGUGUAACUCCUACAUUCCUCCAGCAGUUCACGAAAGCACCUGGCGUCAAGAGUAUCGACAAUCGCCUAGGAUUUCACGGGCUUCGAAACUGGAGAGUUCUGUCUCAAGACAAGAGAACCUCUUGUCAAAACAGGAAAGCUCUUUGUCAAACCGUGAGAGUGAAGUCCUUCAUCUUCUGGCGUCGGGGUGUCUUCCUGCUCGCGUUCACAGGAAGGCUUCUUUCCUCCGUUCGAAUCCAACUGUCAGAGUGGAAGAGCUGCGACAUCGAGGACGUGGUUCUUCUCAGUCGCUUGACUUUCCAGAAGCCUUUUCUGACAGACGAACCGAGGUUGGUGCUCCCAUGGGGGAGUUUCUCUCACCUCGGCAGACAACGGGAAGACAGCAAACGCUAGAGGCAGCCCCCGCGCUGACCGCUGUGUUCAGGGCAUCUGACAGCUCGGAUUUUCUCUGGACUUUCUCGGGACUGGAUGGCGACAAAUCGCCGAGUCCAUUCAGAAAAAGGGACAAGGGCAAACUGCAUGCACUCAGCUUCGUACCGUCUCCUGCUCCCAUCCCCGUCUCGCCGUUCAGCAAAGCCGGCAGCAGGGGUCCUAGUCCCUCCAGUAGUGCGGGGGCGAGGUGGAGUGGUGUCAGUCCUUUCUGCGCCAGCAGCAGCUCUGGAAGCGAUCUAGGAUUUCGUUGAGAGGGGUGAAAGUGUGUGAUUCGACGGUUGAUUAAGGCGAAUUCAAGGGGAAAGAGGAAGACCGUUUGUCGCUUCAAGUAGAGAAGGGGGAAACGGGAAGGGGCGUGAUAACCUAGCGACGGGCGUUGAAAGUGAGGGAAAGAAUGUCAUUUUUUCGUCAGAAACAAGGUUCCAAAUAGUAUGCCUCUGAGUGCUUGACUUCAAGGGAAGGCUCCGAGUGUCGAUCCUGUUAAAUCUGCGUCUCACAUUCACCUUUUUUGCACUAGAAGAGGCUGGGAUCUUUCAGUCAUCGUAGAAGGAGCAAAGUAGUUUUGGUGCAUGGGAUUUUUUGCGGGCGAAGUAUCUCGUCAACAUGCAGCACU